AUGGCAUCUGCUUCGAUUUACUACAAGUUCAAGUCGGCAAGGGCGCCCAGUCGGGUCACCUUUGACGGGGUGGGAAUGAGCGUGUGGGACCUCAAGAGGGAGAUCAUGCUUCAGAACCGAAUGGGCAAGGGAACAGACUUUGAUCUCGUCAUCGCCAGCACAGAAACUGAUGAGGGUGAGUGUAUGCAGUCCAAAUUUCUGCUGUGCGCUCCACUUGACGCAUCAAUGUGCUCAUCGGCACGUCACCUCGCAGAGUACAAAGACGAUGUGAUCUUGCCCAGAGCCACCUCUGUCCUCGCUAAGCGUGUUCCGCCCGCAAGAGCUGGCAAGGGCACGGCCGCCCAGUACGUCGCCGACGUCGUUGCUGGUCCAUCCGCAGCGCCAGGUCAAGGUGGUAGGGAUGACCGCUUUUCGCAACCCAACGCUUCUGGUGUUGCGUCCAAGCCAGUCCGAGGUGUAGGUGGCAUGCUGAGCAAAAGGUUUGAUGGCAAAGACGACAAAAGCGUGAGUAGCUGUCACUUGAGGGGCACUAUGUGAUCGCGUCUCGGCUCACACAAGCGUUCGGCAUCGCUGUCAGACAUCUGAGGAUCCCACUGUUGCCGGGGAGUCGUCGCUCGGCGAUAUGCCCGAGGGCGGAGACGAAGAGGCACGCAACAUCGCCGCGAUGUUCCAAGCUUCCACGGAAGCGUGGGACGAAACACAAGAACGAAUGCAACAGUCAGUAGUGUGCUCGUGCUCGUGCUCGUGCUCGUUGCUUAGGGUUUUGGUCUUACCACAUGCUCAUUGCAACGUUCUUUCGUUCCAUUUCAAUUCACAGUGCAACGUAUCGAGAACGCGGUGGCGCACCACGAAGAGGAGGCCCUCCUCGAGCUUUCACGAGCGCCAACAGCUCUCACAUUGCUGGCCCGGACCGGCCACCGCCCAUCGGCUACAUUUGCUUCCGGUGCGGCACGAAAGGUCAUUGGAUUCAUGAUUGUCCCACCAAUAAUGAUCGCGAAUGGGAUAACAAGCCGAGAUUCAAGCGUACCACGGGUAUUCCGAGGAGUAUGCUUCGCAAAGUUGAGGUGCCGGAGGGAGCCUCUGCAGCUGAGGGCGGUGCCGUGCCGAUGGUGACAGCAGAUGGUGACUACGUCAUCGCGCAGGUAGACAAGUAAGUCAUCCGAAGCUCUCUUGGCCACUCCAACACUGUUGUACUGUUUCGCUGAAACAUUCGCAUUUUCAGUGCUACGUGGGAGCGCGCUAGAGCGCAGAGAAAGCCACUAGGUAAAAGCGACGUCUUCAGCAGUGUACCUCAGGACGCGAGUCUGGCAUGUCCGAUCUGCAGCAAGCUGCUCAAGAGAGCAGUCAAGACACCUUGCUGCAGCACACGCUACUGUGAGGACUGUAUCCAGACGUUUCUGCUCGAGCACGAUUUCGCAUGUGCGGAGUGCGAUAGACGCAUUGCGGAUCUGACGAGGUUGGCUGCGGACGACGAGAAAAGGGAAGCAGUAGAAGCUUAUGUCUCCGCUCAGCUUGCUAAAAGCGAGAGCGAGAGAGCUGAGGGCGUCAAUGCCUUGGAGAAUUUGCCCCAAGCUCAAGUCGCUGAGCUCAAGGCGGCCAGAUCCAACAAGACUGGAGCUAGUGCGUCUGCGCGUGAUGAGGCGGGUGCAGAGGCAGCCGAAGUGCCCGAGGCAAAUACAGCGGAAUCUACCAACGAGGAGACGAAGGAAGGCUCAGAGGAGAAAGUCAAGGAGCAAGUUCCGGAGAAUGCGCAUGGUGCCGAUGACGCAGAGAAGGCAAGGUCCAUAAGUGACUCCCCACCGAGAGAAGAGGCGGUGGCUUCAGAAGAGCCAGAGCCUGUCAAGGACAUCAUUCCCACCACUGCCCAGUGGAACCCUCGGCCGGUGCAGCAGACGUUGAUGAUGCUGACUAACGCUGCCCUGCCCCCUCCGAUGAGGAUGCAACUGCAAAUGCAGCUACAACUUCUUCAGAUGCAUUUCAUGAAGAUUCUCAAAGGAGGUGGGGAGGCGCAAAGUCAGACGCAACAAUUACAGCAGCACAUGCCGAAUCAAAACAUUAUGGGCAUGAACAUGAAUCAGAUGCGGGCGAAUGGCUUCUCUCCCGGCUUUGCUGCCAACAACGGGAUGUCCAUGGGUUUUGGCGCCAUGAUGGGUAUGAAUGGAAUGAUCAAUCCUCAAGCGAUGCAGCAGAUGCAGAGCAUGGGUAUGGGCGUAGGUAUGCAGAUGGGCAACAUGAACCACAUGGCAUUCAAUCAUCCAGCGAUGCGAAUGCACACGGGAAUGGGGAUGCCAAUGGGGAUGGGGAACGUGCAAGGAAAUGCCGGGAAUCUCUGGCAAGCCAACCAGAUGCAGCAGCAGCAACAUGCUCAACAGGGAUAUGCACAACAGCCGAUAGGUGGUGCUGGCAGCGCAUAUAUGAGGGCGCCAGUCAAUGGGUUAGUGUCAUGGUCGCCCGUUUCGCAACGUGGAGCAUUGCGCUGAUACAGACUCUUUCCCCUCAUGUGCACAGCUUUAGAAAUGAUGCUGGUCGACAAUCGGGAAACAAGAGAGAAAGACCGAUGGAUUUCCACGAGCUUGGAGGAGGCGGUGUAGGAGGGCCUGGGCCGGACAGCAAACAAGCUCGUAUGGAAUAG